CUCCGCAGCGGUAGGGGGCGCUCCGCGGCAGCGGCGCCUGUCGCGUUCCAACGGCUUUGCUGGGUGAUGCGUCCUUUCCCAGCAUCCCCCGCGGCGGUAGGGGAGGCGGUGUGUGCUCGGUGACCUUCUCUGGCAGCUGGGUCGCUUCCCGCUGUAACGAUGAUGCAGAACAUGAUUCCAAAGUCAUUGAAAAGCAUGAAAUUCUACUUUACUACGGUAUAUCAAGAAAUAUGGGUUGGUGUAGCAUUAACAGCUUAUGCCUAUUACAAAAUUUCAUAUGGUGGAAAAAAAGCAGUGGCAGAUAAAUCCUCUGGUGCUGGCCAUCAUUAAAGACCUCUUCUCUUCUUGGGAGUAUGGAUUUGUUGGUUCAUUAUCUUUACUGUAAAUGAAGCAAGUUACAACCAUAGGGAAGUUAAUUCUAAAACUGUCCCUGAUCCAUCUGCUGUAAUCAGAGACAGAAAAAAAUCCAUUGAGCAACAAGGAAUUAAACAUGUUGGACAAAGU